CAUAACGCAGCUACUGAGCACUGAGAGUAAGGUGAAGGUGAAACAGAAUCAUGUUGGUAGGAGUGAAUGUAAACGUGGAUCAGGAUAAACUGAUGAACAGAGAAGAGAGUGAUGAGAUGAUCGAAGUUAUUUAUUAUAAUGUAAAAACUUGUAGAGAUCAAAAUAUCAGCACAGAGACUCAAUAUAGCAGCACAAUGAAGAAAAUCAACAAGGAGAAUUCAGGAGGUAAUAAAAGAGGAAUCAGAAGUUGCAGACUGGUAGCAGUGGGUUUGGGGUUGCUGUGUCUUCUUUUGCUGGCUACCAACAUAGUGGUGUUCAUCAACUAUGUUCAUGUGACAGAGGAGAAAGAGGGUCUGAUAUACGAGAUAAUCAACAACCUUAAAAACCUGACUGAGGGAAACACAAAGUUACUGAGGACGUAUGAUGAUUUAGUGAAGAUCCUUGGUUGGAAGAAAUUUGGAACGAGUUUUUACUACAUCUCUACUGUGGUAAAGAACUGGGCUGAAAGCAGACAGUACUGCAGAGAGAGAGGAGCAGAUCUGGUGAUCAUCAACAGCAGAGAGGAACAGGAAUUUAUAAAUAAUUUAAAUAUUAAAUCCUGGAUUGGUCUAAGUGAUGAAGAAUCAGAGGGGAAAUGGAAGUGGGUGGAUGGAUCAGCACUAACCACAGCGUUCUGGAGUCAGGGCCGACCUAAUAAUGACAGAAAUAGGAACUGUGUUCUUUUGGAUGCUUGGAGCUCUGGAGCUCUGAAUAACUGGAAUGACAUACCCUGCUUUAACACUUAUAGUUUUAUUUGUGAAUCUUCACUGAAAUGUUCAUGUGAAAGAGGAGAGAGACGGUCUGUUCCAAACCACUGAAUCUUUGAAAGCAAACAGCACUGCAGAAAAGCAGAACUUCCUGUCCAGCAACCAAAACCUGACUGAAGAGAGAAAACAGCUGGAGAGACGAUAUCAGAUUCUGAUAGAGAAGAAAGACGAGAUAAUCAACAACUUUAGAACCUGACUGAGAGAAACACAGAGUUACUGAGGACGUAUGAUGAUUUAGUGAAGAUCCUUGCUCUGAGGAAAUUUGGAACGAGUUAUUACUACAUCUCUACUGAGAGAAAGACCUGGGCUGAGAGCAGACAGGACUGCAGAGAGAGAGGAGCAGAUCUGGUGAUCAUCAACAGCAGAGAGGAACAGGUUCUGGAGUCAGGGCCGGCCUAAUAAUAACAGAGGUAGGAACUGUGUUCUUUUGAAUGCUUGGAGCUCUGGAGCUCUGAACAAC